GUUUUCUCGACUGCUUUGCUCUGCUACCUGGUCUUCACUUUUUCAAAGUGCUGGGAAGUUUUUCUCGCUCUUCGUUGGAUUGAUCUCUCUCGGCAAAUGAAAAUUCUUUCGCUCCUCUUCUAACUCGCUUGAAUUGCCGCGGCGUGGAUGCUGAAGCUAAAGUUCAAUCGAUCUGCCUGUGAGGAAGAAGAACCGUGAGGUUUAACAAUGGAGUGGGCAACGGUGCAGCAUCUGGAUCUGCGGCAUGUAGGCCGAGGUGUGAACCGGAGAUUGCAGCCUCAUGCUGCUACGUUUCACCCUACACAAGCUCUCGUGGCCGUGGCGAUCGGGCCUUGCAUAAUUGAAUUCGAUGCAGUUACGGGCAGCAAGCUCUCAACUAUUAACAUUGGGGCUCCUGUUGUGCGUAUGGGUUACAGCCCAACCAGUGGGCACUCUGUAAUUGCUAUUCUAGAGGAUUGUACCAUUCGGGCCUGUGAUUUUGACACUGAGCAAACUUGCGUAUUACAUUCCCCUGAAAAGAGAUCGGAACGUAUAACCAUAGACACAGAAGUUCAUCUUGCAUUGACUCCUCUUCAACCUGUUGUCUUUUUCGGUUUCAGCCGCAGGAUGAGUGUAACUGUUAUUGGAACUGUUGAAGGGGGUAGGGCGCCCACAAAAAUAAAAACGGACUUGAAGAAGCCAAUAAUGAAUCUUGCUUGCCAUCCACGGCUGCCUGUUCUGUAUGUGGCCUAUGCAGAUGGUUUGAUUCGAGCCUACAACAUUCACACAUAUGCUGUUCAUUACACACUUCAAUUGGAUAAUACCAUCAAGCUCAUUGGUGCCGGAGCCUUUGCUUUUCAUCCAACAUUAGAAUGGAUCUUUGUUGGCGAUAGACGUGGUACACUCUUGGCAUGGGAUGUGUCUACUGAGAGGCCCAGUAUGAUCGGAAUAACCCAGGUAGGCUCACAACCAAUUGCAUCAAUAUCCUGGCUCUCGAUGUUGAAGCUACUUGUCACUGUUUCAAAAGAUGGAACACUUCAAGUAUGGAAAACACGAUUGGUAGUUAACCCUAACAGACCACUGAUGCCAGCAAACUUUUUCGAACAAGCUGGAAUCGAAUCAAUAGAUGUCCCUCGCAUUUUGUCUCAGCAGGGAGGAGAAGCAGUUUAUCCUCUACCAAGGAUUAAAGCCUUGGAAGUUCAUCCAAAAUUGAAUUUAGCAGCUCUCAUAUUUGCAAAUAUGGCAGGUGCUGAUAAUAUGAGGAAUAGGGCUGCAUACACUAGGGAAGGAAGGAAGCAACUUUUCGCAGUCCUGCAAAGUGCAAGGGGAUCAUCUGCAUCUGUUUUGAAGGAAAAGCUGUCCUCCCUGGGUGCAUCAGGAAUUUUGGCUGAUCACCAGCUUCAAGCCCAACUGCAAGAGCAUCAUCUGAAAGGGCACGUGCAGCCAACAAUUUCAGACAUUGCUAGGAAGGCUUUCCUUCACAGUCAUUUUAUGGAAGGUCAUUCCAAAAGUACCCCAAUAUCCCGAUUACCUCUCAUAUCAAUUUUAGACACCAAGCAUUAUCUGAAGGAUAUUCCUGUGUGCCAGCCUUUUAACUUGGAGCUAAAUUUCUUCAACAAAGAAAAUCGAGUUCUUCAUUACCCUGUUAGGGCUUUCUAUGUGGAGGGUUUGAAUCUUAUGGCAUACAAUCUCGGCACUGGAGGAGACAGUAUAUAUAAAAAACUAUAUACAACGAUUCCUGGAAAUGUGGAAUAUCAUCCAAAGCACAUGGUGUACAGUAAAAUACAGCAGCUGUUCCUUGUUGUUUAUGAAUUCAGUGGUUCUACAACUGAACUGGUGCUUUACUGGGAGAAUACUAGUUACCAGGCAGCAAACAGUAAAGGAAGCACACUGAAAGGGCGUGAUGCGGCAUUUAUUGGUCCUAAAGAAUUCCAGUUUGCUAUUCUUGAUGAAGACAAAACGGGAUUGUCAUUGUAUAUUUUGCCGGGAGGAGAUACAAAAGAAGGCAAAGAUAAUAAAGAUUUAUUAUUAGAAGAGAACCCUACUGCUGAAGAAACAAAAGAUGGGUCACUUCAGGGCCCAAUACAGUUCAUGUUUGAAAGUGAAGUCGAUCGUAUAUUCUCCACUCCAAUAGAGUCAACUUUGAUGUAUGUGUCGAAUGGGAUUCAGAUUAGUCUGGCCAAGUUGGUACAAGGAUAUCGUCUUUCAAAAUCAGAUGGUCAUUACAUACAGACGAAAUCUGAAGGAAGAAAGUCAAUCAAGUUGAAAUUAAAUGAAAUCGUACUCCAGGUCCACUGGCAAGAAACUCCUCGGGGCUAUGUUGCAGGAAUAUUGACCACUCGCAGGGUGCUCAUGGUAUCAGCAGACCUUGAGAUAUUGGCAAGCAGCACUAUGAAAUUCGAUAAAGGACUUCCUCCAAUAUCCUGACAACAACGUUUUGGAACUUGUGUUUUUUGUUAAUAUCAUUUCUUGGUUUCAGCAGUUUAACAUGUUUUACUAACAGAUCUCCAAGGGUUUGACAUAAUGGUAACUGGGAACCUAUUCCGAGUUCAAACUUGGAACAAACAUCACCUAUAAGAAAGAAAAUUACUCAAGUUUUGCUUAACUCUCUGUGAACUUUAGAUCCCUUUUGUGGGUUGGCCCUGCACUUCUUUUUUCCACUACUACUGCUGUCAGCAUGCUUGGAUGGGACGGAAUAGUAAGGACCGUUGCCUCCAUUAGCAUGCCUUAUGCAGCUCUGGUUGGUGCAUUGAAUGAUCGAUUGCUACUCGCCAACCCUACAGAUAUAAAUCCUAGACAAAAGAAAGGGAUUGAGAUUAGAAGCUGUUUGGUUGGGCUUCUUGAGCCUCUUCUUAUUGGAUUUGCCACCAUGCAACAAACUUUUGAGCAGAAGCUUGACCUGUCAGAAACACUUUACCAGAUAACUUCAAGGUUUGACAGCUUGCGGAUUACACCAAGGGCACUGGACAUUCUUGCUAGGGGUCCUCCAGUUUGUGGAGAUCUUGCAGUGUCGUUAUCUCAAGCAGGUCUUGCGCUGUAUCUAUGCUAUCAAAGCUCUUCGUUUCUCAACAGCAUUGUCUGUUCUCAAAGAUGAGUUCUUGAGGUCCAGAGAUUAUCCUAAAUGUCCUCCAACGUCACAUUUGUUCCACCGGUUUCGACAAUUGGGAUAUGCAUGUAUAAGAUACGGUCAAUUCGAUAGCGCCAAAGAAACUUUUGAAGUCAUUGCAGACUAUGAAAGCUUGCUAGAUUUAUUCAUAUGCCACCUUAACCCUAGUGCUAUGCGGCGUCUUGCCCAAAAACUGGAAGAAGAAAGUGUGGAUCCAGAGUUGAGGCGAUACUGUGAAAGGAUUUUGAGAGUUAGGUCUACCGGAUGGACACAAGGCAUUUUCGCAAACUUUGCUGCUGAGAGCAUGGUUCCGAAAGGAGCCGAAUGGGGUGGUGGCAACUGGGAAAUCAAGACUCCUACUAACUUGAAGAGCAUUCCUCAGUGGGAGCUUGCUGGAGAAGUGAUGCCAUAUAUGAGGACCGACGAGGGAACAAUCCCUCACAUUAUCGUUGAUCAUAUUGGUGUUUAUCUAGGUUCCAUUAAAGGAAGAGGAAACGUUGUGGAAGUGAGAGAAGAUAGCUUAGUCAAAGCUCUUAUCCCUUCAGCUGACAAUAAGCUGAACAAUGGAAUUCCAGAUUCCUUAGCCAAAUCCAUCUCUGGCAAUGCAAAGGGACUAACCGGUACUAAUCUGAAUGGUGGUUCCUUUAACGGCCUGGAAGCUCUGUCAAGGCAAAAUGCAGCUGGUACAUCAUCUGCUGAACAAGCCAAAGCUGAAGAGGAAUUCAAGAAGACGAUGUAUGGUGGUGCAGCUGGUGAUGGUAGCAGCAGUGAUGAAGAAGGAGCUUCGAAAACCAAGAAGAUCCAAAUUAGGAUAAGAGAUAAACCAAUUUCUUCUGCCACAGUAGAUGUCAAUAAAAUCAAAGAAGCCACUAAACAGCUUAAACUUGGUGAAGCAUUAUUAGGCCCUACCCCAAGGGCAAGGUCGUCAGGUGGCUCUCAGGACCUUGGCCAGAUCUUAUCACAGCCUCCUCCUUCAGCUGCAGCAGCAGUUGGAGUUUCAGCACCUAUGGAUUUGUUCGGUCCAGUUUCCUUUAUCCAACCAGCAUCACAACAACCAGCUCCUGUGGUUGGAGGUGCUGCAAUUCCAGCACCUCGACCCAUCCCAGAAGACUUCUUUGAAAACACGAUUUCUUCCGUUCAAGUUGCAAAGACCCUGCCCCCUCCAGGUACCUUCCUUUCAAAGAUGGAUCAUAGAACAGAAGGUGAUGCGAAAAUGGCACCUACUCCAAUUGGUGCUCCUGUAGCUGCUGAUAUUGGCCUUCCUGGCGGCGGUGUUCCUCUUCCAGCCGCUCAACAACAAGCGUUCCCUAUUGAUUCAUUUGGACUUCCUGAUGGCGGUGUGCCACCUCAAGUCUCUGCUCAGGCAUCCAUCCUACCACAAGCUACUGGACAGGCUGCUUUCCCCACUCAGCCCCACAUUGUUCAGCCUUCUCAGCCACCAAUCUCUUCACAGCCUCUUGAUCUCAGUGUGCUUGGAGUUCCAAAUACUGAUGACCCUGGGAAAUCUCCAGGACCUCCUCCACCAUCAUCUGUGCGUCCUGGACAGGUUCCCCGUGGAGCAGCUGCUUCUAUGUGUUUCAAGACUGGGCUUGCUCACCUCGAGCAGAAUCAGCUUCCUGAUGCAUUGUCAUGCUUUGACGAAGCUUUCUUGGCUUUGGCCAAGGAUUUCUCUCGUGGAGCUGAUGUCAAAGCCCAAGCAACUAUCUGCGCUCAGUAUAAGAUAGCAGUUACGUUGCUUCAGGAAAUCACACGGCUGCAGAAGGUACAAGGACCAAACGUGCUGAGUGCAAAGGACGAAAUGGCUAGGCUCGCACGACACCUGGGCUCCCUGCCUCUUCUUGCAAAGCACCGAAUAAACUGCAUACGAACGGCGAUCAAGAGGAACAUGGAAGUCCAGAAUUUCGCCUACGCAAAACAGAUGCUGGAGCUCCUGCUCUCGAAAGCUCCCCAGGCCAAGCAAGACGAACUGAGGAGCCUCGUCGACAUGUGUGUCCAGAGGGGCUCAUCCGACAAGUCCAUUGACCCUCUUGAAGAUCCUUCCCAGUUCUGCGCUGCCACUCUAGGCCGUCUUUCGACAAUCGGGUAUGAUGUCUGUGAUCUUUGUGGUGCCAAAUUCUCCGCACUCUCUUCUCCAGGAUGCAUUAUCUGCGGCAUGGGCAGCAUCAAAAGAUCAGAUGCUGUUGCGGGGCCCGUUCCCUCGCCAUUUGGCUAAGAAUUCGACCGUUGGCAGGCAUCAUUGUCUCAUCCGCUUCCUUUAGGUCAUCUUCCAGGUAAAUCUCCUGCUCCCAAAGCAGGAGCGAGCUGCCAACCCUGCUGUGUUGGGUGUACAUGUUAUCAUUCAUUCAGUUUGUUGUAAUUCUUCCUCGCCGUUUUCUCUAUAUAUCGUGAUAUGAUCAUUUCCUCUGCGCCAUUCCACCCUAUUCGUGCGAUAAUCGGGCGACCCCUGGCAUUGUAAGUGAGAUAGCAAUUUUGCUGUUGAAUGUAUGCCUUUGAGUUUGUGCUUUCCUUGUAGGCUUUAGAGUUGCAUGUAUAAAAUGUACAAUACAUAAGAUAGUUUGUUUUUCCUGUAUCUUACUAACAAGGGGCUGCUCUGGUGAUUUACUUGUGAGGGCUAUUAUUAGUGCUGGAUUUGUGUUUUAUGCCUGUGAUAUGUAUGGCUGCACACAAGUGGUUUUUGCGGUUUUGGUGUUUCUUGAAAGUUGUGUUCUGCGGAUUUUCUUGGUUCUUUUGGGUCGUUUGGUCCAUUAUUCUUUUGCUAUUACAU